AUGCUCCCUAUGGUUGGAAGACAGACGAUCCGCAUGGAUAGUGGAAAUGGCCCAGUGACAGUUAUGGAUGAGAGUCCCACAUCCAGCCCCAGCUCCAGCCCCAGUCCUGACAUGCUGACCACCGACAGUCGGCGUCCGGAGGCCCUGCAGCACUCUAGGGUGGUCCAGGCGGGUGGCCUCAGUGGCAGAGGGCGGCCGGCAGCAGCCAACGCAGCGCGGGAGAGGAGUCGAGUGCAGACUCUGAGAAGCGCAUUCCUGGAGCUACAGAGGACUCUGCCGUCGGUGCCACCAGACACAAAACUGUCCAAGCUCGACGUGUUGAUUUUGGCCACCACGUAUAUUGCCCAUCUGACUCGAACCUUGCAAGAGGAGGGGAUGGAGGAGGGAGAGAGCAACAGACAAACAGAGGCCUUACACUCGCUGAAAGGUGAAGGUUACCUGCACCCUGUGAAAAAGUGGCCAAUGCGAUCCAGGUUAUACGUCGGCGCCAGCGGUCAGUUUCUGAACAAUUCAAAACAGACAGAAAAUCAAGGCGCAUCAUCGUCGACCUCGCAGACAUAACGCUAUCCACUGCAUACGGGACUUCUCAUUUAGACGACCAUUAAUUAGUAAGACUCUUUCAGCUAAAUCCACCCAUGAGGACUUUUGAAAUGGACAGCAGAUUCGUCGUCUGACAGUGCUUUUUAUUUAUCAAACAACUGAGGUAUCUCCUUUUGACUUCAGUAUUUUCAUGUAAAGGAGACAGUCACGACUCUUUCAAUAGUAGGAACACAUUGUAAAUUAAUAUAUUAUGUGGUUAUGUAUAUAAAAUCUGAGAAAGCUCUUAUUUUGGCCAUGCUUUGUUUCUGCUCCGCUUUCUGCUGUUCUGUGUCUGUUGGAGGGAUUAAUGUAUGUAUACUUUUUAGCAAUCCCGUGUGUUGCGUAAUGAACAUUUACACUAAAUGCAUGUGUGAAUAACUUAACAUCUGUCAUGUGAAGGGGUUGUCAGAAUCUCAACAAUGGUAGGAGCCUCUUCAUUUUCUCUUCGUUUUUUACAUAAAUAGUUGUAAAUGUGUUUGUGGAUAAUGACUUGAGAAAUAAAAAUAAGACAUG